AUGCUGUACGAGUACUUCGCACCCAUCCAGGCGUCGCAAAUCCCCUUUUUCAAAGCUAGUGUGAUCCUGACAGGACUGGCCUCCAUCAUGGAACUAAGUAUUGAGCCGUUCUUUGCAAUCAUUCAGCAGCGCAUGUGGUAUGAAAAACGUGCUGCGGUAGAGAUGCCAGCCGCAUUCUUGAGGAGUUUGACAACGUGCAGCGCUUUCUUCUACGCAUCUCAUGUCUCUUGGGACCUCGGUGCUUUACCUUUUGCACUGGGAUAUCUGAGUUACUCAGUCACCUUGGUCUGCGGCUACUGUUUGUUGUUGGUCCCGCGUGCAGGAGACAGACGCUUUUCAUUUCUUCCCUCCAGCAUACAAUAUGGAACUUCCUCGGAAUACAUUUAUGGUCGGUUUUCCCGCCGCCUUAUCUCUCUCGCCGCGAGUGUCUUUCUUCAGUCAAUUGUCAAACAUCUCCUCACACAAGGAGAUAUCAUGUUUCUUGCUGCCAUGUCAACUUUGGAAGAUCAAGGGAUCUACUCACUGGCAUCUAACUAUGGUGGUCUUAUCGCCCGGAUUCUAUUCCAGCCUCUCGAAGAAAGCAGUCGCAAUUUGUUUUCGGCCCUUCUCAGUCCUGAUAACCACGGAGACCGAGAUAAAGCCCAAAUCCGCAGAGCCAAAGCCCACUUGAUAGAUAUUCUGCGUGCUUAUCAGUUGAUGUCAAUUACUAUCUUUCCACUUGGACCUGUGAUGGUUUCACAGAUGCUUCGUAUAUUGGGAGGUCGUCAGUGGGACUAUUCCCAAGUGGCGGAUUUGUUAUCGAUCUACUGUCAGUACAUCCCAUUCCUGGCUCUCAACGGUAUAACCGAAGCGUUCGUGUCAUCUGCCGCCAAUUCUCGAGAGAUUAGAAAGCAAACAGUCUGGAUGGGUGGCUUCUCGGCGUGUUAUGGCGUGGCUUCGUAUAUUUUCCUGGAAGUAGCUUCGAUGGGCGCUUACGGGCUCGUUCUAGCCAACAUGGUGAACAUGGCAGUCCGUACUCUGUGGAGCUAUGUUUUUAUUCGGUCGUAUUUUUGUGAAUAUGGCGAUGGUCUCACGAUUGGAGAGGUUUCUCUUCAUCUCAGAAGUUACGUUCUUGGCGCGAUUGCGACUAUAAUAAUGGCUACACAGCCAAGACAAGGGCUCAUCUCCACCAUCGCAUUCUGCGGGGGGUAUACUCUCUUAUUGUAA